AGUUGCUCUUGUGGUAGUUCCCCCAACUGUCACCAUGCAGAAUGAGGAGGGUAAGACUGUGGACCUCUAUGUCCCCAGGAAGUGCUCGGCCACAAACAGGAUCAUCACUGCCAAGGACCAUGCCUCUGUCCAGAUCAACAUUGGCCACUUGGAUGCGAAUGGCUUGUAUGAUGGUCACUUCACAACAUUUGCUCUCUCUAGGUUUGUCCGUGCUCAGGGCGAUGCAGACAGCUCCUUGGACAGGCUGUGGCAGAAGAAGGCUGAUAUCAAGCAGUAGAUUUUACAUCUAGUUUACCAAGAAUUGGACACUGCCUUAGCUAUGUUUUGAACUCAUGUCACUAUAUGCAAUGUUGUGAUUUUAGCUGGUACCUUAAAUCUGAAGAUUCCAUAGUUUGAUGUGUGGUGUUCGUUUAAUUCCCUUGUACAACCCCAUUUAGUAUCAUUGUGAUGAUUUUGGAUUCAAUUUUG